GUGUCUGCACCAGACACAACAACACUGAGUCCAGAUUUAGAAACCAAGGCAGAAACAACAACUUCCCCAGACUCACUAGUGCUUGGCCCAGACACAGAUACAACUGAAGCACUGUCUGCCCCAGAUUCCACUAUGCUAGGGCCAAAGUAUACAACCGUGGAACCAUCUGCACCAGCAUCAACAAUACAUAUGUCGCAGUCAGAUACAACAGCUAAUGCAGAGCCUUCACCAGAGUCAGCAACAAUAAAAGAAGCAGGAUCUGUGUUAGACUUGACAACAUUUGGGCAUGAUCUGGAAACAGUAGCAGAACCAGGACUAGCACCAGAAUCAACCACAACUGGACCAGAAUCAGAAACAACAAUAGAAGCAACACCCAAGCCAGAGUUACUAACAAUAGCUCAAACAGCACCUGGGCUGGAGUUGGAAACAACAAAUGAGAUAACACCUAUGCCAGACUCAACAGUCCCUGGCCUGAAUUCAGAAAUGGCACAUAAAGCAGUGUCUGCACCAGACACAACAUCCCUGAGGCCAGAUUUAGAAACCAAGGAAGAACCAGCAACUGCCCCAGACUCACAAGUGCCUGUGCUAGAGACACAAACAACUGAAGCACCUUCUGCCCCAGAUUCCACAAUACCUGUGCCAGAGUCAGAUACAAACAAAGAGCCAUAUUUCCCGGACUCAACUAUUCCUGUGUCAGUGUCAGAUAUAACUGACACACCCUCUGCCCCAGGCUCCACUAUGCCUGUACCAGAGUAUACAACCACACAACCAUCUGCACCAAAAUCAACAAUGCAUGUGUCACAGUUAGAUACAACGGCUAAUGCAGAACCUACACCACAGUCUGCAACUAUAAAAGAAGCAGGAUCUGUGUUAGACUCUACAACAUUUGGGCAUGACCUGGAAACAGUAGCAAAACCAGGACUAGCACAAGAAUCAACCACAACUGGACCAGAAUCAGAAACAACAAUAGAAGGAAUACCCAAGCCAGAGUUACCAACAACAGCUCAAACAGCACCUGGGCUGGUUUUGGAAACAACAAAUGAGAUAACAACUAUGCCAGGCUCAGCAGUGACUGGCCUGAAUUCAGAAACGGCUGAUAAAGCAGUGUCUGCACCAGACACAACAACACUGAGUCCAGAUUUAGAAACCAAGGCAGAAACAACAACUUCCCCAGACUCACUAGUGCUUGGCCCAGACACAGAUACAACUGAAGCACCAUCUGCCCCAGAUUCCACUAUGCUAGGGCCAAAGUAUACAACCGUGGAACCAUCUGCACCAGCAUCAACAAUACAUGUGUCGCAGUCAGAUACAACGGCUAAUGCAGAACCUACACCACAGUCUGCAACUAUAAAAGAAGCAGGAUCUGUGUUAGACUCGACAACAUUUGGGCAUGAUCUGGAAACAGUAGCAAAACCAGGACUAGCACAAGAAUCAACCACAACUGGACCAGAAUCAGAAACAACAAUAGAAGCAACACCCAAGACAGAGUUACUAACAAUAGCUCAAACAGCACCUGGGCAGGAGUUGGAAACAACAAAUGAGAUAACACCUAUGCCAGGCUCAACAGUGCCUGGCCUGAAUUCAGAAACGGCAGAUGAAGCAGUCUCUGCACCAGACACACCAGUACUUAAACCACAGGAAACACGGGAAGAACCAGCAUAUGAGUCAACAAUACCUGGGCCAGCAACAUAUGCCCCUGCUGUAUUAGACUCAACAAUACCUUUUCCAGAUAUUACCACUGAGGCAGCACCUGCACCAGACCCUAGCAAGCCUGGGUCUGAUACUGAACCAAUAGUUGAGCCUGUGUCUGGGUUGUCUACUGUACUUUCACCAUUUUUAACUGAAUCUGUGCCAAAAUCUUCAUCUCAGCAAAAUUCAAAGCCAUCACCUGGACUUGAGUUAGAAUCAACAGCUGGGGUAGCACCUGCAUCAGACUCAACAAUAUCUAGGUCAGACCCUGGAAUGGCUACUAAUGUAGCACUUGCACCACAUUCAAACAAGCCUGGUUUACCUGGGGUGGAUACUAAAUCAUCAGCUAAAGUGGCACCUGGGUCCUAUUCUGUUCUCCCACACCCUUUAGCUGAACUUGUGCUAGGAUCAACAGUGCAACACAUUUCAGAGCCAUCACUUGAGUUGCACACAAAUGUAGAAAAACCCCUCCAUGAACCACAAGUGAUAAAUCUACCAGACACCAUGCAUGCUGCAGGGCCUGUGCCACAUCCAGUUGUUCUACCUAAUAUCCUUCCUCCAGUAGAGAUCGAGAAAAGACCACAAUGGAGACAUCGUAAUUGUCAUAGAGGGUAAGAGCAGUGAGAAAUGUGAGAAAAUUCAACUCUAAAUGAUAUUACUUUGGAAACAGAACCCAUGGGAUGUACAAA